AAACUGGUUUAUUCUCUCACUUCUCAACAACUGGUUUAUUCAGCUUGGACUCGAAUUCGAGGGUACAAUUCCAAAUCUAAGUUUUGGUCGCUGAAGUCAAGCUUAACUCGUUAAACCCGGGACAACUAUUUCACAGCAGGAUCCAGAUACCAUAUCCCACACAAUCGGGACUCUAAACCACCAAUUUGUUAAGUUUCCGUUGGAAACAUUGUGAUAUUUCAGAAUUUGGGUGUGGAAGAAAAAUAUAUUGAGCGUAAUGGCUGUCAGGAAACCUGGAUUAAUUGCCUUGUUUGAUGUUGAUGGCCCCCUUACUGCCCCUAGAAAGGCGGUCACUCCACAGAUGCUAGAGUUCAUGGGGGAGCUUCGAAAGGUUGUGACAGUUGGUCUUGUGGGAGGAUCUGACCUUAGUAAAAUAUCUGAGCAGCUUGGAAAGACAGUUAUCGAUGACUACGAUUAUGUAUUUUCUGAGAAUGGCCUUGUGGCUCACAAAGACGGAAAGCUAGUUGGAACCCAGAGCUUAAAGUCAUUUCUUGGAGAAGACAAACUUAAGGAAUUUAUCAAUUUUACGCUACAUUAUAUUGCUGACUUGGAUAUCCCUAUAAAAAGGGGUACAUUCAUAGAGUUCCGAAGUGGCAUGCUCAAUGUAUCACCAAUUGGCCGAAACUGUAGCCAAGAAGAAAGGGAUGAAUUUGAAAAUUUUGAUAAGGUUCAAAAUAUUCGUCCAAAAAUGGUCUCCGUGCUUCGUGAGAAGUUUGCUCACCUUAACCUGACAUUCUCAAUAGGAGGACAAAUAAGUUUUGAUGUUUUCCCUCAAGGUUGGGACAAGACAUACUGCUUGAGAUACCUAGAUGAUUUUCAUGAAAUCCAUUUCUUUGGGGACAAAACUUACAAGGGAGGAAAUGACCAUGAAAUUUAUGAAUCAGAACGAACAGUUGGUCACACAGUAACCAGCCAUGAAGAUACAAUGAAGCUGUGUAAAACUCUCUUCCUCACAAAACCCUAAGCAUCUGGCAAUUACUUUUUUCUUUUAGUUUUCAAAUGUAUGUUGUUUGUAAUUUAAAUGUACGAGUAAUCAUUUUUUUGUUGUUGAUCGAGCUACAUUUAUGAACAACAAAUAUCUUUAUUUCUCAGCUACAUGUAUGAAUAAACAUGCAGUGCAGGGAUUCCUACCUAUUAA